GGCUUCAUCGCGAGGGAGAAAAGGGAGGGAGGUGGGAGCUGUAACGUAGUCGCCGCCUGGCUCUGCGGAGAGGAAGAUGGAGGGACCGGGGAAGGGGGCCUCCCUCCGGCUGGGGACUCUCCUCCGACAUCUUCUCCCCCCCUCGGUCUCACCAUUUCCUACUUCUGCCCAAGUUGCUACUGGGAAAUAUCCAACGCAGUUCCGUUAUACGUUGGAUAAUAACCUUCUUAGCCCAGAACAAAGACAUUUCUAUGAGGAGAAUGGCUAUCUAGUCAUAAAAAAUUUGGUUUCCAGUGAGGAUAUUGAACAUUUCAGAAAUGAGUUCAUAAAGAUCUGCCAAAAUGAGGUGAAAGUACCUGGACUGAUGAUCAUGAGAGAUAUUGCAAUUGCCAAGUCAGAGUUUCUUCUUGAUCAGAAAGCAGUUUCAAAAAUACAGGAUUUUGUAGAAGAUGAAGAACUCUUCAGAUACUGCACUUUGCCUCAGAUACUGAAAUAUGUCGAAUGCUUUACAGGACCAAACAUCAUGGCUAUGCACACCAUGCUAAUUAAUAAACCUCCAGAUCUUGGAAAGAAGACUUCGCCAUCCAAUGCACUCGGAUUUGCAUUUUUUCCAUUCGACCUGCAGAUCGCAUUGUUUGCGCUGGACUGCCUGGAGAAGAUUGACGCAGCAAUGCUGCCUGUAGUGUUGCCGGGAUCACAUAAGGAGACUCUGAAACAGCAUGAUUAUCCUGAGUGGAGGUAA